UCGCCCCCGUCGCACCUACAACUCCAGAACACGUCGAGCAUGAUUUUUUGGCCAACGACGAUAGCUUCAACUCGCCUGUCUCCGCAAUUGCUAAAGCAGCUGUUUGCUGCACACGAGCCAAAAUGACUAGUCCAACCCGGGAGCCAAUCCCACCUGCUGCGCAGCCAUUCAACACCAUCCACGCGAACCCUUCUUUAACCACACAGCUCACAACCCAGCUUAACGCCCCGCCAUCGCCGCAUACUCACAGGGCACUGCGCAAACUUCAAUCCGCACACAAUCUCGGUGCUGCCGCCCGAAUUUCUGCUCAGAACUCCAUCAUGUCGCAGCAAGUUUUUCGUGCAGAUAUCCAGGACCGCGUCGCGUCGCCUGCGCCGAACAACAGACCUGUAAACCGAUCUCCUCAGCGAAACAGAGCAAACUCCGACGCUGCCACGCCUCCGCCCGCAACAUUUCCCAAUAAUAUUCUCAUAUCAUUGAAUAGCAAGAGAACUGCUUUAACCAGAACUUCGAGAGUAGCCGACAACAUGUCUUUGGACAGGUUGAUUAGAGAAGGCCCACCCGAUGGUGACAUAGAUGCUGCCUUAGAGAGCGCACGUCUGAAGGUCCUGGAUCAAGGUAUCCGUAGCGACAGUGAUGGAAUGUCGCGAACUCGAAUCUACGUAUGGCUCAUUUUUCUCGAUGCGCCUAUCCUUGACACCAAUGAAUACCUCGGCCUGAUACAUCGAGGUGCUUCACCAGCUUACUCUAAGAUCCGAAACGAUACAUUUCGAACCUUAACUACCGAUCCCCUCUUCCGUCGUCGCGUUAGCGAAGCAAGCUUGAUUCGUCUUCUGAACGCUAUUGCGUGGAAACUUCAUGAUGCAAAGGAAGAACGCCGACCAACUAGCAGUAGACUUUCUAUUGCUCAUACUGAGAGUGCUAGUAGCUCUCAUAGCGAUCUGUCUCAGACGGAUGUCUCGCCGUUUUCUAGAAACCGUAAUCGUGCUCUUACGCUUACGACAGAAGACUCUGAUGCUACCACAUCGGAACCCGGUACCUAUGUGCAGGGCAUGAACGUGCUUGCAGCUCCGUUCCUAUAUGCAGCUCGCAGCGAAGUCGAAGCUUUUGCUUCUUUCCAUACUCUCCUGACGAAGGAGUGUCCCGGAUACAUUCGGGGCGCAAUGGACGGAGUUCAUCGCGGCUUAGCUCUAGUCGACAAGGUAUUAGGAAUCGUGGACACUAAGCUUAGCUGUCACUUGAAGUCUAAGGCUCUAUCGGCGGAAAUUUACGCCUUCCCAUCCGUCCUUACCUUGUGUGCAUGUACACCCCCUCUUCCGGAAGUAUUGAAGCACUGGGAUUUUCUCUUUGCUUACGGACCCCACUUAAACAUUCUGUGCAUUGUUGCCCAACUGAUCAUGAUGCGUAACGAGCUUCUGACCACUGCCAACCCUAACAAACUACUUCGAUCAUUCCCAGCUUUACGAGCAGAGAUGAUCAAGCGAACUACACUUGCUAUCAUAAAGAUGAUACCCGAAGAUGUCUAUGCAGAGAUCGUCAAGCACGCUCUAUAAUGUACCACCUAGCGAAAACGUCAUUCCACAUGAUGCAACCCGGUCUAUAGGAUAUGGGGCUGGCUUUGAACCAGCCCCUUUUGUAACAACAGCCCAUGACGACGAAUCGAAGGAACUUGGAGACCUUGGCGUAUACCCAGACAGCCGAGGCACCGGAUGACAUUGGAUCCUCAUCUCGGGAGAUACCUAUGAUAAUGACCUUUGCAUAUAGAUUCCUCUCGCGAGAUCGGAACCCCGGAAAAACGGCUUCUCUGCAUACGUCUAGUUGUGGGAAUGCGCAAGAAAGAACGAAAAUCUACUUGUACAAUAUGAUCAGACGACAUGGACGACGAACGAACAUCAAAAGGAGAGAAGACCUACAGGGCAACGAAUCACGCAUAAUGAAGUUACGAACACCAUAUAGCGCACGCUUUUUCCUUUGUUAUUGUAUCACCACCACUGUAUGAGGGCGAGAAAACGGAUUGCCGGUUGUGUUAGAUGAUUGACCUAUAAACAUAUGUACCUAUCUAGUUUACGCGGAACACGAAUUCAAUACACUA